UGAGAUGGACCGAUUGAAUGUUUGUUUUGUUGUUUUCCUUUGCAUUUUCAUACAAUUUUCUGUCGCUCAAGAAACGGAUCAAGAAGAUCGUCAUGUUGUUCCUGCCAUAAACGAGUAUCUCAACCAAACCAAAGUGUACACACUGCACUGUGAAAAAACCGUAGACUUCUUCACGGCAUGGCGAUCCUGCAACGAUCUCGGCGAAGAACUAGCCACGAUAGAGUCAUCGCGUGACAAUAAAGCACUGGCAAGUGCUCUUGAAUCUUCGGACAAUCUGGCUUACACAAGUGGAACGGACGCGGGCAAAGAAGGAUCCUACGUUUGGCUGGUCAACAAACGACCCAUUCCCGGUCAAUGGAACAACUUUACCGCCUGGAACCCUGGAGAACCAAACAACUCGGAGACCAAGGAACAUUGCUUGGUGGUUAAAAAUCUGCCCGAUGGAAGUGCCGGCUGGAAUGAUGUUCCCUGUGACGUAAGCCUUUGCUACGUUUGCCAGAGGUUUGAAAUUCCAGAUGGAGCAGAAGUUUAUUAAUUAAAUUGUCCUGGUCUGGCCUUUGAUCUUAAUUAAAUAAAACAAAACAAUUAAGAAUUAUUAAUUAAAAAAA